AGUGAAGCCAGCAGGGUGCCCGGGGCGGGCCAUCCUGGCUCCGCCCCCUGCCCCCAGAGUCCUCGGGCAGAGUCUUGCGGGAGUGGCAGGCGCUGGGGCAGUGAGUGUGUGUGUUGGUGUGUUGUGUGUGCACGCACGCGCUUGUGUGCGUGUGUUCUUAGGGGACUGAAUGUACGUGUGUGUCGAUGUGUGUGUCUGUUUCUACAUGCAUACAUAGCGGAGGGUUGGGGAUCGGUCUGUCCGCUUGUGUUUGUGUAUGUCAACUGUGUGCAUUUCUGCGUACAUGUGAUUUUGAGGGUGUGUAUCCCCCUGUGAGUGUAUUUCUGAGGGUAUGUCUGUCUGUCAUGUGCACGUGUGUUUCUUGUAUGCAUGUGUAGUUUUAGGAUUGUGUGAAUGACUGUGUGCUGGAAAUGUGAGGGUCUGCAUGGUUUUGAAAGCGUGUGUCAGUAUGUCCACCUGCCUUCCUGAUGGCUGACUGUAUGCCUGAUUUUGAGGGUAUGUAUUUCAAGGGAUCAAUUGUUCACAGGCCAGGCAUGUCUGCCUGUACGUGCGGGGAAUAGUUUGUGCAAAAGAAAAGCAUGUGGGAGCAGGACUCGAUGUUUGUGCGCACAUGUGUACACCUGUGUGUCAUUGUUGAGACGUAUGUCAAGGACCUAACUUGAGUAAAGCUUCCCCGUCCCCACACAGUAUCUGUAGUUGCCUGCAGCCAGUUGCUUGCUAGCUGUCCACUAUCAUGGUUUAGUGCACUAGCUGCCUGGGUUGCCAAGGCAACGGCCAAAGUCCUGACUCUCCCUACCCCCAAAGGGUAAGGUGCUGGGCGCCUGCAGGGAAAGGUACAGCACAGAUUCUCCCACUGGUGGGAACAUAGGCUAAUGCCAAGUGGGAGGUUGCUCUUCGUGGUCAGAAGGAAGAGAGGAGCGCCCUUUUCCUCUCCUCAGCUCCUGGCUCUCCAUCAGCACCAGAGGGGCUGCCACUGCCCACCCACCACAGGACUGGGAGCCUGGAGGUGGGGGCUUGGGAAAUAUCCCCAAAGCUCCCAGGAGAGGAGGGUGGGGCUCAAGAUGGGUUUCCAGCUCCUAUCGAGGGCCAGCACCCAGCUGGCACUCAAUAAAGAUGUGUUCGCUGCAAUCGGAAUAAGGCAGGUGUACUCAUCCUAGGCCCAAGAAAUGAUGACAGGACAUCCCUGGAUCAGGUCCACUGUCUUAUUGACAUAUCACAGGAAAUUUGAAAGGGCUGAUGCAAGGUUAUCCUUUCCCCCCAUUUUACUGACAAACUGAAGACACACAGCCAGGAAGUGGCAAACAGAGUCUUGAAGCCAGGGCUAACUGUUCUGUCUGGGUCCUGGGUCCUGGAGUCUGUGCUCUGGAUAGUCAGAGGACUCAGACUGAGGUCAUGAAGCUGGGGUCGGGGAAGCAUUCAUCUCUCCAACCUCCAUGCCGCCUUUUUCAUUUCUAGGUGUACCAUGCUCCUCCCUUGCCCCAUACCCCUCAUGCCUCAGCAUUUCCCCCAUCCCAGAUAUUCUCCAGGAGCCCUCCUCCCACUUAAUAUCAGCUGAGGUAGAGUGUUAAAUAUUCCCAUCAACUGUAAAAAAACACAUUCUGAUUUAAGCACUAUUCUAUGCAAUGUGACUAAAAAGGAAAAAAAAGGACCAUUUCAAACAUGCUGUCAGUGGGAUGUAGCUUUACACACAGUCCUUCACUUUUGAUGACUCUCACUCCUCUGUCCACCAGCAAGGCUCCAGUUCAUCCCUCACCUCUCAGCCCCAUGGUUUCUUCCUUGGCAAACGGAGUGUGGCUUGGUGGUUAGCAGCCCAGCCCCGGAUUCAAAUCCCAGCUCCCCUACUUGCUACUCUGCAUUUUGGGCAAGAGAAUUUACCUCUCUGGGCCUGUUUCCUCAUCUGCAAGAGAACCAUAAUCAUAUCUGCUCCCCAGUGUUCGUUCUUGUGUGGAUUCAUGAGCCCUUGCAUGCGAAGGGCCAAACACAGGAUCUGGCUGUCAUCAGCACCCGAUGAAUGGAAGUGGUUUCAGCUGGCACAGUGGUGAUGGUCACUGAGCAUGCUGUGUAUCGAGACAUCUCAGAUGCCCCUUCUCACACUGCAGGGUAUCUGAGCCCUUGCGCCAGCAUGUGGAGGAACUGUGGUACAGACCUCCAUGAGCCGGUCCCAGGUAGCCCUGCUGGGCCUGGGCCUGCUGCUCAUGCUGCUACUGUACGUGGGGCUGCCAGGCCCCCCUGAGCAGACCUCCUGGCUCUGGGGAGGCCCCAAUGUCACAAUCCUGGCUGGUCUCACCCCUGGCAACUCCCCCAUCUUUUACCGCGAGGUGCUCCCACUCCACCGGGCACGCAGGGUGGAGGUGGUGCUGCUCCAUGGAAAGGCCUUUAACUCCCACACGUGGGAGCAGCUGGGCACACUGCAGCUGCUGGCGCAGAGGGGCUACCGGGCCGUGGCCCUUGACCUCCCAGGUUUUGGGAACUCAGCACCUUCCAAGGAGGCAAGCACAGAGGCAGGGCGGGCAGAGCUGCUGGAGCGAGUGCUUCGAGACCUGGAGGUGCGGAAUGCCGUGUUGGUGAGCCCCUCUCUGAGUGGCCGUUAUGCCCUGCCCUUUUUGAUCCAAGGCCACCACCAGCUGCGUGGAUUCGUGCCCAUCGCACCCGCCUCCACCCAGAACUACACCCAGGAACAAUUCUGGGCCGUGAAGACCCCGACUCUCAUCCUGUAUGGGGAGCUGGACCGCAUCCUGGCUCGGGAGUCACUGCGGCAGCUCCGUCACCUGCCCAACCACUCCGUGGUGAAGCUGCGUGAUGCAGGCCACGCCUGCUACCUCCACAAGCCUCAAGACUUCCACCUUGUCCUCCUUGCCUUCCUUGACCACCUGCCUUGAGGUCACCCACUGGCCAGGCCCGAGGCCUGGCCUGAGCUUGGAGAGUCUGGACCAGCACCUCACCAGGGAGGCAGCCCCUGGGAUUGGAGGGUGGAGGUCAGAGGGCCAGACCCAGUCAGGACCUCUCAUUUCAUCUCACAGGCACAAUAAAAAAGAGCAUUUUUGUCAUGCCUGGGGA